UUUCCCUCCGGAAUUCAAUUCCGAUCCCGAGAAAGGGCGACGCGAAGAGGCACUAGGGUUUAUACUCCGCCUUUCACGAUGGUGCGAACGAGAACGACGGUGCUUAAAGUCGACGAUCACGCCGUUGAAGGUGUUGCUACUAACAAAGCAAAAGGAGAGAAGAUGAUUAUGGAACCUCCGAUGAACAGUGCACAGAGAAGAGCACUGGGAGAUAUCACAAACUUGCCGAACCGAAACAUAGCAAUGAACCAUGGAGCGAGUCAGCAGCAGCAGCAACAAUCUAUGCCACUCUCUUCCAAAGAAUACGCUGAAAAACUUCAAAAGGAAAACAUGAGACUGAUGAAAGCCCUCAAGGAGAGAAAUGCAAUCAUCGAGAGGACCGGAAGUGAGCUGCAGAAAUAUAGGAUCAACUUACAUAUGGUUCAAGCACAGAACUUGCAGCUUUCCCAGACCAACACUCGUAUCUUGGGGGAGAUCAGAACAAGCAAAGACCAACUUAAGGCACUUCAGCACGAACUUAGUUGCAAGAACGGGGUACUCAUGGCCAGGAAACUGCCGCUUGAGCCGCAAAAGCCUCCGUAUACACAGCACGACGCAGCAGAAGACAAGGUUCGUGCAAACGCUUCUGGUGGGGCUUCCGAAACCGUUCAUCCAAAGGGCGAGGAUCAUAAGACUGCUUCACAGAGUUCAGAUGGUAACUCAUUGCAAAUAAAUGAGAAAACCAACUAUACAAGCAGAGUAUCUGGAAAGCCAAGUCUUGACAAUUCCGAAGUAUUAGAUGUAAUUGGUAGACCAGGAGAGUCAGCACAGACAACCAACGUCAGGAGGGUUUCUUUGCGAAGACAGUCUAAGAGGUUCAAUAUCCAAGAUGUGGGCGUGUCUGAAAACUUGAACGGUAUACAUGAUGAUCAAGAGUCUGCUGCGAAAGCCGGAUGCUCUGCGAGUGGUCUGUCUAGCGGCUCUAAGCCCGAAGCAGUAGAGCUACAUGACACGAAAGAGACAACCGGGAAAAGCAGAAGAGUCUCUUCAAGAAGACAGUCUACCGAGGCUAAAUCUCAGAGAGCCAUCGAAGUAUCCACAGAUCCUCCGUUGCGCGAUGACAUUGUUGAGGCAUCAUCUUCAGUUUCAACAGAGCUUAAAAGAGAAUCAAAGAACAAACCAACAGGCGAUGAAGCAGAGGAGAUGAGAGAAAAGUAUGGUGGAAGACCUUCAAGGCAAGCUGCAGGAAAAAUCAAAUCAUACAAAGAAGUCUCACUUAAGGAUAAGAUGCGAAGGGACUUCUGAGUCUGGCUAGUUCGAAAAUCAUCUUAAGCCUUCAAAUACUCUGUUGAAACAGCUUUGGUUGAUGCUAUAAUCAUCACAAAUUCACAAUGUAUAUAUCUUUGUAUGUGUUUUUGCUUCAGUGAGAGCUAGCGAGUGAUCUUGCUACUAUAAAACUAUACAAGUCACAAUCAACCAGUGGGAGUAGCUUAGUACUUGAUGCAAUAUACCCAUCUGCCAUUUCUUGAUUA